UAUCAAAACAAAAAUGUCAGCGAAGACUGUCUUUACUUAAACAUAUGGGCGCCGACUGUCACUACCAUGAGGUCAGGGGUCUCCGGACGUAAUGCUAGCAAACAGAGGUCAACAACGAGUGGACGACCCGCAGCGGGACUUAAGCCGGUUAUGUUUUACGCACAUGGAGGCGGGUUUUCGGUGGGCUCAUCCAGUGCGUUGAACUACAGGGGCGAAGUGUUGGCAACAAAGGGGGACGUGAUUGUUGUUACCAUUAAUUACCGAUUAAAUGCAUUUGGAUUCCUAUAUACGGGAACGGAUGACGGGCCCGGAAAUGUGGGUCUCUGGGACCAGGCGCUGGCCCUGGAGUGGGUGCACAGGAAUAUCAAAAGUUUUGGCGGCGACCCUGAGAGGGUCACUAUUUUCGGUACCAGCGCCGGUAGUGUGAGUUCCAGCGCUUUAGUACUGUCUCCCGUAACUCGUAAUCUAUUCAAAAACGCUAUAUUAAUGUCGGGGUCGGCGUUGGGUGAACUGACUGGUAGUCCGGAUGAUAUGAAACAGUAUUGGCUUCAAGUGGCAAAACACGCAAACUGCGUAGACGAUGAAACACCCGGCACAUUCACGCCUAAAGUCAUAAACUGUUUGAAAGCUGUAGACCAGGAAACAUUGGCUACCUAUUCAUCGGCAAUUGCAUAUGAGGCUGGAGGUGCCAUAAAACAGGUAUCUUUUAUGGUAGCCGACGGCACGUUUCUGCCUAAAAAACCACACGAAAUGCUAAUAUCCGGGGACUUUCGCAAAGGCAUGAACCUAAUGAUAGGUAACUGCGAGGACGAGGGCAGUAAUGUGUUGAUGUUAUUCGCCUCGAACUUGGGGGAAGACCCCAAGAAGUAUGACUCCCACAACCCGACGCCCAUUACAUACACGGAGGCCUACAAUACCACGAAAAACCUGUUCUCGUCGUUGGCUCUGACGCCGAGGAUUAAUGGCGAAGAUGUGGCCAAACUAUACUUCACGGGUCUGUCCGCUAAGUCGGGUCAGGAUGUGGUCAGACGUAGCAUUGGCUACGCUUUCGGCGAUUAUCUCAUCACAUGUCCGACCGUUUCGUUUGCGAAGAGUCUGUACAAAACGGAUCCAAAGAGUAAUGUCUAUCAGUAUUAUUUCAAUAGCAAAAUCAGUGACUGGAAUCCACUUUGUGGGCCAUGGAUGGGGGUGUGUCAUACCAAUGACGUGGAUCAUGUGUUUGGUAUGCCAUUCCUCGACACCAAGCGCUUUGUCGAUAGGGAACGGGAUAUAUCACAACAAAUGAUAGAUAUAUUUGCAACGUUUGCUAGGAAUGGCCAAAGUAAUGCCAAAGAGAUCAGCGUUUCGGUGGAGAAGGGAGUGAUUGUCGGCAACACUCGGCCCACAGUUGACGGCAAACAAGUGAACGAAUUUCUGGGCAUUCCUUACGCCAAACCACCCAAAGGUGACCUC